AUGAAGAUAAUCAAUUCGGUCGUUGUGGUCGGACUCUAUUAUGGAUUUCUGACCACAUUCUCCAUGGGGCCUUCUUAUCUCUUCCUUCUCCGAGCUCGGGUUAUAGAAGAAGGAGAAGAAGGAACCGAGAAGAAGGUAUCAGCAACAACAGGUUUUAUUACGGGACAGCUCAUGAUGUUUCUAUCGAUCUAUUAUGCGCCUCUGCAUCUAGCAUUGGGUAGACCUCAUACAAUAACUGUCCUAGCCCUACCAUAUAUUUUAUUGAAUUUCUUUUGGAAUAAUCACAAACACUUUUUUGAUUAUGGAUCCACUACCGGAAAUUCAAUUCGUAAGCUUAGUAUUCAAUGUGUAUUCCUGAACAAUUUCAUUUUUCAAUUAUUCAACCAUUUCCUUUUACCAAGUUCAAUGUUAAUCCGAAAACAAUAUUCAAUAUUUUGA